AUGAACAUACAAACAUUCAUAUAUAUACAUAUAAAGCCGAAACAUAUACCAAUAGUUUGGUGCAGUGUUUUAAUUCCUCUUCGUCACGCACAGUGGUACACAGUUGAUAAAAUCUCUAAUUGCAAAGUACUGUGAAUGAGUAAUUUCGAAUAUACUGGGCAAUAGAAACUUUAUAGGAAGCGAUUCAAAAUUCCGCGUGAAUAACCGAUAAAAAUCAACAGCUGAUCAAAUAUAUUUAAUGGUUGGCUCUCCAUAGUGUGAGCAAUAUUUUAUUCCGCAGCAACUACCGUUGCGCGCGCAAAGCAUAAUUGCUGUUAUAUAUUCGAUAUUUUUUGUACAAUUUGACGAUUUGUCGCAGCAAACGCCGCGCUUGCAUCCAUCACGUUGUUGCAUAUACAAAUGAGUAGCAAAAACAAAAACAGAACCAUUACAGUUAAGACUUUACCACACUACAAAGAACAACUGCAGCAAUUACAACAACGCAUCGAAGAGUUGAGCUUCAUCAAUAUACGACGUGCGAUCUUCACCUUCAAGCGUCUCAAUCACAAUCCAGAUAGCAAUCGCCGCGUUGGGAUUACAAUAGGCAAAAGACGGAAAAACUUAACAAGCUCCACAAACGCAACAACUGCAACAACUGCAGCGAUAGCAACAUUGUAUGACAGUAAGCGGUGCCAACAACACCAACUAAACCAGAAACACCAGCAAAACAGCUGAGUUGAAAGAGUAAACACUCCGUGCAGAGUUGAACAAAGCAAUCUGCAGUGGCUAAAUUGCAGUUGACAGCUGCAGCAGAGCAAAGCAAAGAGAAAUCGGUGCUACAGUGCAACAGUGCAGCGGAGCAAGGUGUUCCAGCACAAACCAGUUUGACGCUUUGCAAAGCAGCGACGCAUGGUGACGACUCUAACCGAAUUCUCAACUAACUUAGACGAGGAGGAGGGGAAGAUUAAAAGAAAGACGGUGAAAGAGUGCCAAAGAAAAGAAUUCGAACAAGUCGAAGGUGUGGAAAUUAGUAUAAAUAAAAUACAAAAAUAUUGUGCAAAAAAGAGCGUAUAAUUAAACAGCUAGCAAGAGAGGUGAAUUGCAGCGAAACUGCAUUUCUAUUAGUUGACCGUAGCGAGCCCAACCGUGUGAGGUAAAUAAGCUGUUGUAACGGUUGAUUGCAAUCGAAUAAGCAUUCGUAACUACCAUAAAAGUGGACAAAUAGUGCGACACGCGUGAUACGAAUAGCUUGUGAUCGAACAGAGCACUUCGUAACUCGUAACGAAGUUAAAAAUACAAGUUCAUCAAUAAAUCGUCAAUGAAAACAAUAACUAAGUAAUUUAUACAAAAGGAUAAAAGUCGCACCCUAUUUGACUCUAAUAGCGAAGCUACGGCCCCAGACUGCAACAGUAUUGCAUGUUUAUAGAAACGACAACUGAACUAAGUAAGGUUACCGAAUAACCUAAAGUUGAACAAACGGAGAAAUCUAAUUGCGCGUGAACACAGAAAUACUAAACAAACCAUAACAGUUCUCCAACCCUCCCGUACGUACACGGUACGGCAGCGUGCGCAACACAGUACCGUUGCCUCACCGGCGAAAAGUUAGAUCUGGCCUUCGUUGCGGCGUGCAGCUGUUCAGAUCAGCAGUUUAAGAGUUGCUCCACCUGAACCUGAUUCGCCGCCAUUUGUAGCAAGUUGCUGUGUAUGUUGAAUUUGUGCAUUGACUGCUGAUUGCAAUACAAUCGCACGUGUGAACGAUUUCGAUUGCCCCUUCGCAUCUUCUCAAUGUUUGAGUUCUGUGCAGAUAUGGGACAAAUUGGCCAAGAUUGUUCUAAUCAAGAUUACAAUAUGGAAGAUUUGGAGUUGGAUCAGGUCACGCAGGUGAUUAAUUAUCAUCCGCGUUUCCUCGAUCAUUUUCUACGAACACAAAACUUCAUUAUGGACGGCGAUGGGCCACUGCCAUAUGAUUACCGUUACUAUCUGGCCAUAAUUGCUGCAGCCCGGCAUCAAUGCCCAUACCUUGUGAAAAUGUACGAGAAGAAGUUCAUCAAUCAGGGCGGCAAGGCCGAGUGGCUGAAUGGCUUAGAUUAUAUCCCAUCAAAAUUACGUGCCAUAUAUGAUAUAAAUAAAAUACUAGCCCAUCGACCGUGGCUCCUACGCAAAGAACACAUCGAGGGUCUAACGAAAGGCAAAAACAGCUGGUCGCUGUCCGAAGUGGUGCAUGCAAUGGUUCUGCUCUCGCAUUUUCAUUCGCUAUCUUCAUUUGUAUUCUCCUGCGGUCUCACACAAAAACUGGAUGGUCUGUCUAGUCCUAAAUUAAAGACUGCUCCGGCACUAUUGUCCGCCGCCCAGCAGCAAUUGUCGACGAACCUACCGCUGCCACCGUUGCAACAACAAAUACCACAACAACCAAAGGCGGUCCUAAGUGAGAUAACAAUCAACAACAACAACAACGUUCUAGACCAUAGUAAUCAUCAGAUGUAUAAUAAUAAUAACGUGCCAAAUAUAAGCGGCAGCCCAUCUAUGCCCACUGACAUCACCACACAUGGCGCAACCAGCAAUGGCGUCGCUAAACAUACUCCUUCCGGCUCGCCCCAACCAAAUGUGCCGGUAGAGGCGCUGGUUGAACGCAUGAAAGUGCUCUCACAAAAACAUGACGAGUGCAGCGAAGCAGAACUGAGUAACCGUUUUAAGAGCGUUGAGAUGCAAACCGCCGAAUUACCUGCAGCCGCUCUCGAAGCCGCCAUCGAAGUACCGCCAAUCAUCUCACACUACAUCGAGGAUCCCACCUUCACAUAUCAGGAUUUUGCGCGUCGUGGUGCCGAAAAUAUACCCUCCACCUUCCGUGUUCAAGACUACUCGUGGGACGAUCACGGCUAUUCGUUGGUAAAUGGUCUGUACAGCGAUGUUGGUACUCUUUUGGAUCAAAAAUUUCGUGCCGCCUACAAUCUGACGUACUUCACCAUGGGCGGCUACCGCAAUGUGGACACGUCGAAAUUCCGUCGGGCCAUAUGGAAUUACAUUCAGUGCAUCUACGGUAUACGCCAUGACGAUUACGAUUACGGUGAAGUGAAUCAGGUGAAUAAAUGCUUAUUGGAUCGGCCUUUAAAAAUGUUCAUAAAAACAGCCUGCUGCUUCCCAGAAAGGAUUACCACAAAGGACUAUGACAGUAUACUUGUCGAACUGCAAGACAGUGAAAAGGUCCAUGUUAAUCUGAUGAUAAUGGAGGCCCGCAACCAGGCCGAACUGCUUUACGCGUUGCGUGAAAUAAUGCGCUAUAUGACAUGAUCUCAUUGUGAUUAAGCAUACAAACACAUACACACACCAAUAGAGAGAGGAAAACAAACAUAUUUCUUAUGAUUAAUUAUAUAAAUAUACACAUACAUACAUCAAUACACAUAUACAUAUACAUGGAAAUUUUAAAUGCUGGAAACACAUACAAAGCACUAAUAUUAUAUAAAGGAAAACAAAUUAUUAGCCAAAAAUUAAACCAAUUAAAUUUCAGUAAAUAUAUGCGAGAGAAGGGAACACUAACACAGUUAGUCUUUGGUCAAGAUUAAAAUGUAAACACAUCACUGCGUCACUGCGCCGAAAACAAUGAAAAGCAUCUAGCCCUUUGAAACACACAUAAAUAUGCAAAUGUGAAAAUGUACACACAUUGAUACACCUACAUAAAGAGAUAUAUAAAUAAGAAGCAAUUAUUUUAAGGCAAACUACAAAGAAAUCAUAAAAUUGACCAAAAGCUUUUAGAGUUAAAAAUAAAAUAAAGGACUGUUAUUAUCAAAGUAAAAAUCAUA